GUCUGAAUAUGUGGAAAUUAUUUUUCACAUACUCAAAUCUGCAUCUUUCUUUCUCACAUCUACACCAGAGAAAAUUUUUUGAGAAAUUUUGGUGUUAUUUACAAAUUAAAGUUGAUGAACUGAUAUCACAAAGUUGUUUAUUUAACACACCACAGUGACUUGCAUGCGCAUAUUAGUUUAUGUUUGGCAUAUAAAGAAAUCCUUUUGUGACGUAAAAGAAGCUUUGGCAUUGUGUGUUACGAUGUGAUGACUACCGCCACAGUCUUGCAAAGCAGAUUAUUAUUAGAACCGGAUCAACUCAUUACAAGCUGUACCAAAAGUGAACCAUUCAAGAACUCAGAAAACUUAGCAAGUGUUAAUAGCAGUACUAUUUAUACCCAGGCUGCUUCAGACCAGUCAGAAAUUAGUUUAGCUGCCCAGUUAGUUGAUCCGGCUAGAGCUGUUCAGAUUGUGACUAAAGCUAUUCAAUUAGCUACAAAUCCAUUGCAACUGAGUGAUACCAUCAACAGGUCUUACUUAAAUUCAAAACAGCCUAUAAGUGGAGCGCAAUAUCAGCGUAAACUUAAAAUGGAGGAGCUGUAUAAAUGGAGGGUAUGGACUCCAUAUCCUGUGCAAAUGGUAAAGCCUAAGGUGAAUGGCAAAGGUUACGACAAUCACAACAUGCCACCAUCCAAAGUAAUACACUGCCGAGCAGUUGCUGAUGGUUGUAAGGAAACAGAUUUGGUGCAAGUAAUGAGACCAUUUGGUAGUAUAAGAGCUUUAACACUCAUGCCAAAGUUACGUCAAGCUUUAGUGGAAUAUGAGGAAUUAGAAUCAGCUAUUGCUUGUGUAACAUAUGCCCAACUUCAACCUGUGUUAGUACUAGGAAGACAAAUGUAUGUUAAUUACUCGAAAAGUACAGAAAUUAACAGAGAUUUCAGUAAUUCUGCGAGCAUUGGACAAACACCCACCAAUAUUUUGCUAUUUACCAUAAUUAAUGCUAUACAUCCAGUGAAUGUGGAGACUGUAAAAAAAAUCUGCUUGCAGCAUGCUGAAGUUCAACGUAUUGUAAUUUUUCAUAAGAAUGGUUUGCAAGCGCUGGUUGAAUUUUUAACAAUUGAUGAUGCACAACGAGUACAGCAGGCCUUAAAUGGAUGUGACAUAUUCGCUGGUUGUUGUACUUUGAAAAUUGACUUCUCUAAGACUGGAAGGUUAAAUGUGCAUGCCAACACUGCUGAAACUUACGAUGUUGAAAUAGAAAAAAGAAAAAGAGGAGGUUCCUUACUAGCUUUAAUGAAUCAUACAGUAGAUUCAAAUGUUUUUGCACAAAGUCAAGUAUUUUCACAAGCAGCCAGCGAUGCAUUUAAUACUACGAAAAGCCCUAGUAAUCUUGGUUUGGAAAACGGUAAAUUGAGCCAGGAAGCUAUUUCCGCUAUUCUAGCUGGGGCUGCAGGUUUUCCAGCCGUCCAAAGUUUGAUUGCCAAAGUGAUGACAUCAGGAAGUCAAGCUCAAGCACAGUCAAGUCAGCCCAUCCAGGCUAGUUCAUCAGGCAUUGGAACUUUGCUGACAAACACAAUGGAUACAUCUGUUGAUAGUGAUUCUGGAUCAAGUAUGAGCUCUGUUAGUCGCACAACAUUAUUAAGCGCGCAACCAACCACUGUUGAGACUUAUACUUCACCAUUUGCAGCUCUUAGUGGAGGCUUGAGUUUAGCUGGAGGAGAAGGAUGUGUUGCCAUGGUUUAUGGUGUCAACAAUGAAAAAAUGAAUUGUGACCAUCUUUUUAAUUUGUUUUGUUUAUAUGGCAAUGUGGUGAAGGUUAAAACAUUGGUAAAUAAACCAGGUGCAGCAAUGAUACAGUACACAGAUAAAAUGUCAACAGACAUAUCUAUUCGAAACCUGAACAAUUUAACACUCUUUGGACAAAAGUUUCAACUAUCAUUUUCUAAGCAUCCAUUUAUAGCUGACGCAUCACAAGUGACUCCACUAUUUGAUGGUUCUGCUUCAGCUGUCAGUUAUGCCGACUCACGCAACAACAGAUUUAAGUUUAUACCAGGAGGUGUUGAUAUAUUUUCACGGAUACACCCGCCCUCAAAAGUUCUGCACUACUUUAACGCCCCUCCUGAUUGCACGGAAGAGCAGCUAAAGCAAGUUUUUGAGACUUUAGGAGCUGAAGUCCCAACGAAGCAGGCUACCUUCUCAAAAAGCAAUGGAAAAUCAUCUUCAGGAUUACUGGAAUUUUCAUCAGUUCCAACUGCAGUCGAAGCCUUGAUACUUGCAAAUCACUUUACUAUGCACAGAGAUAACAGCACAGAUCCUUUUCACAUGAUCGAACAAGGUGGAGCCGCGUACACAUUGAAGCUAGCGUUUUCCCCUAGUAACGCGAUCAACAAUUAAACCAAACUACUGCUCUACAACACUUUUUCAAUGCAUUGAAAUGACGUCAUUGUCCUACUUGUGUUUUACUAUCCCAUUCAACCAUGUGCGUCAACUACACGAGAAUUUAACAGCACGUUUCAUGUCACCAUCAAGAAAUUUACGACUGUAAAUAAAGUCUGCUUUUUAUAGUGCAAAUUCAUUUCGUAUCCCAUACUGCACCAGUACUACUACUACCCCAUGAUGCAUCAAGCAAGCAAAGCAUGAAUACAUUGGAUGUUCUUUGAUAAUUUUUAUUUCAAGCUAUUUUGAUUUACUUAUACUGUUUAUAUAAAAGUAUGCAUUAUAAAGUUUGCUGGGCCAGCUUUGUGCAAACGUAUAAAAACCAAAGUUGUUGACGUUCUAUGAGGUUUGUUGUUGUUGUUGUCUAGUUGUCUCAAUCUAUAGGUGUUAAAAUAAAAACGAUGCCUCACUUAUUCAGCUGCAUUGCAGUCUCGUUUAUUCUACAUAUUUUUUUCUUAUUUAUACUAUAAUAAUGACAAUACAGUAUUUUAUUUUUAGUUAUUUUGUUUAGGUUCAAACCAUAUUUUACUAUUCUAACUAUAUAUAUAUAUAUAUAUAUUAUAUAUUUUUCAUUUUCGUUCUAAACGUUAAGAAGAUAAACAUACAAUUUUAGUAGUUCCCUAUCAUAUUAUAUCGUUCAUAUAUAUUAUAUAUAACUUUUAUUCAUUCAUUAUAUAUGUUUACACUUCGUUCACUACUUUACUAGCAUUUAAGGAAAAUAAACCAGAUGUAUUGCAUUAACAUGAAACCCACUGGUGUUAACGCCCAUGUUCAAUUUCUGUUUAAAAAUAACCCCCAUUUCAAGUGGGCGUUGAUAAAUCUUAAAUUAACGCCCGUGGUGGUUAUUUUGCAUUUCCUAUGAAUAGUUCUUUUUAUAUGUUACGUUAAAGUAAGUGUACGAAGUAUUUGGCUAAAUAUUUAACUUCCUUAAACUGCUGUGUCAGCAUAUUUUGAGAAGUUGUGAUAUAAUCACCUUAUAUGCCCAAAUAAAUUCAUACUUUUUGUGUGAUCUCAAUAAAUGCUAUUUGUUUUUGUGUUAAUUAGAUAAAUUUGUUUGGAAAAGAAAUUUUAUAAACUGGCCCAGUAUAAAGUAUUAAAAUUUGGUAUGUUUUAUAAAGAGUGGAAGCUCCGAAUUUGGGGUACGUGAUAAUUUUUAGUGAUGUUUCAGAAGCUUCAAAACUUAGUCAUGAAAACAACUUUUGAAGGUUCGACAACAUCUAUAUAACGUGUCAAAGUGUUUAUUGUGGUUCGUUAGAACAUGUCUGUCACGUGUCUGUCUGCUUGUAUCCCCUUUUUCGGAGUUUUCUUUACUGCACGGUUUCAAGUUUUAAACUUGUAAUUAUCUAACUUUUAAAGUUAUUAAAAUUUAACUUUGGUUGGAAAUCGUGAUUUUAACUGAUAAUAAAACGUAAAUCGGAGUUAGAUUUUAAUUUAAAAGUAUUAUUUUUCAAGCAGUCAAACUGAAUAUAUGAUAUGUGAAACCACAUGUUAUCUGAUGAAGUUAACGUUCUUAUUAACUGACACUGUCAUGCAACCUUGCGUGAAUGUUGACAGUCUGGUGAAAACGUCACACGAAUACUAAAAAUUGUUCGUGAAAACGUCACACAAACACGGACAAAUUCGUGAAAACUUCACACUAAUACGGAAAUUCUCGUGCAUGGCUAAUAAGUUAAGUAAGUGUGUACUUUGCAAAAUCACAGAUAAUUUGAUGUAUAUUUUACACGAACUCUGAUAACAUAUGGUCUUCUAAACUUUUUAAAACUGACAUAUCAGUUAGUUAAAAACGGAUAAUAUUUUAUGGACAAUAUAAAUUAUGUAAUUUUAAAAACUUGGUUGUAAACCGCGAUAUUAUAUUUGUGAUAUCUCUUCAAUUAAUUUAACGUGGGAAAAUUUUGCGAGGAAAUGCUCAAUUUUGCGACAUUCACUGCUUUUUUGAAAGAGUACAUCCUUACGAAAAAUGUUUUAAAAAAGGUUUUGUUAAAUUUUUUUGUUCUAUUUAGCAGAUAAUAGAUCCCGCGAAACGUUCUUUUUCUAAUGACCGCGAUUAAAAUUAAUUUACAAGAUGUUCCAUUUAUAUUAUUCUUAUCAAAAUAUUUCCAUUUCCGUAAGAUUUAGGUCGCUAGUCUUGCCUCCCACAAACUCGCAUCAUUUUCUCUUCUAUGGAAACUUCUUGAAUAUUUAGUAUUUUGCAUAAUAAAGCAAAUCUGACUUCUUCUUUUUUUUGCUAACGCCUGUUGUUGUUUCUGUUGUAGUUGUUUGUUGUUGUUUACGUUCGUCUGUUUCGAAAACAAACAUGCAUGUUUUAACACACAAAGAAAAAUAAUGUACUAAUGUAAAAGUCUUUGAUGCAU